AUGGAGGGUUCGGCGACAGGGGGAAAUCACGGAGGCGAUCCUCGCGCCGAGCAUGCCGCAACCAAGGAGUCCGAGGAGGCGGCAACGCAACACCAUCUGACGCUGCUCCAGCCGAGCGUGGUCGAAGUUUCUGCAGCCGUGCUGGAUAAGGACAAGGUGGCACAGCACGAGUCGGUGGGGCUGGUCGGUGGCUCUCCUCCUUCUGGUGGACGGGGAAGGCGUAGGCAAAGGAAGAGCGAUGGGGAGGAGGAUGAUGACACCGCCGUGCCCGGGGACCUCACCACGCGGGCGAAGAGGCGCCAGACGACAGGUAGUGCUGACAACGCCGGAGGCGCGGAAGUUGACACACCGCGAGGCGCCAAGGAAGCUAGUGGCAAGGCGGGCAGUCAAGCAUUGCGCCAGAAGGGCCGCCCCGCAGCAAGAAAAGCAUCUGGCGGAAGGAGAGGCAAGAAAGCAGCGACAGGAACGAGGCCGAAACGGGGCGAUGAAGACCCCGGUGAUACGGAGGAGGAGGAGGAUGAGGAGGAGGAUGCGGAGGGAGAGGAGGAUGAAGAGGAAGCGGAGGAGCAAGACGCGGAUGUUGGGGAGGAUGCUAAAGAUGAGAAUGAUGGCGGGGAGGACGAAGAGGAGGAGGAGGAGGAGGAGGAGGAGGAGGAGGAGGAGGAGGAGGAGGAGGAGGAGGAGGAGGAGGAGGAGGAGGAGGGGGAUGAGGAGGAGGAGCAGGGUGACGAGGAGGAGGAGGAGGAGGAGGAGGAGGAGGAGGAGGAGGAGGAGGAGGAGGAGGAGGAGGCAUCAGAGAAGGAGGAGGAGGAGGAGGAGGAGGAGGAGGAGGAGGAGGAGGAGGAGGAGGAGGAGGAGGAGGAGGAGGAGGAGGAGGAGGAGGAUGUGGCGCCAGGGAAGAGACGGGGCGGGCGUGGCGGUCGGGUGAGUGGGACAGGGAAGGAGGGGGGCCGGACUCGCCCUUCCCGAAAACGCGGGGCAGGUGACGCUGCGCGCGGCGAAGCAGCGGGCAAACCGAAGGCGCGUAAGGUGAAGGUCGAAAGUGAAGGGGUUGGUAAAAAGCAAGGGAGCCAGGGUGCAAAAUGGGAUGGAGGAGGAAAGGGUGGCCGCGCCAAAGGGGUUCGAGUGGGUACCGGCAAGAAGGAACCUGCCGGUGAAAGUGAGGAGCACGAGCAGUUUGUUACACGGGAGGAGUUCCAGGCGCUGCGGUCUGAGAUGUACGCCAUGUUUGCACAGCUCGGCCUGCGUCGUGGAGUACCUGCCAGCUAUGCCGGCGGGUCGGCAGCCCUGCCUAUGGCUGGUACCCCGCCGCCGAUGAGCGCCGUGGACAAGGCACGAGUGCUAGUGUUGCAGGAGACAAACCCGUUCCCGGUAUGUGGCGGGCCAAAUGGGGCGGGUUGGGGUUGA